CCUGGGCGGCGGUGAUGUCAGCCCGGCGCUGUGCUCCGGCCCCGGCUCCUGUCGCCGUGUAGGGCGCGGGGGCGGCCGCGAGGAGAGCGGCGAUCUGGCAGCCGGGAGCGUGCCGGGAGGCGGAACUGCAACUUGUGGAGCUCGGCGGCCCUCCGCCUCAGUACCAAACUUCUAUGGAUCAGUUUUCUAAGGAUGUGCAAGAUUGGAAAUGCUGAGAAAUCAACACUGAACCUGUUUCUUUAAAAAGUUGAAGCUGGAAUUUGUCCCUUGUAAGCAGGAAGAUGAUGAGUGACGCUAGUGACAUGUUGGCCGCGGCGCUGGAGCAGAUGGACGGGAUCAUAGCAGGUUCUAAAGCCUUGGAGUAUUCCAAUGGGAUUUUUGAUUGCCAAUCUCCCACCUCCCCAUUUAUGGGAAGCCUGCGAGCUUUGCACCUUGUGGAAGACCUGCGUGGAUUGUUGGAGAUGAUGGAGACAGAUGAGAAGGAAGGACUGAGAUGCCAGAUCCCAGACUCAACAGCAGAAAUGCUUAUCGAGUGGCUUCAGAAUCAAAUGACAAAUGGACACCUAUCUGGGAACGGAGAUGUAUAUCAAGAAAGGCUGGCACGUCUGGAAAACGACAAAGAAUCCCUCGUUCUUCAGGUAAGUGUGUUGACAGACCAGGUGGAGGCUCAGGGAGAAAAGAUUCGGGAUUUGGAGUUUUGUCUUGAAGAGCACAGAGAGAAGCUGAACGCCACUGAAGAGAUGCUGCAGCAGGAGCUUCUGAGUAGGACUUCCUUAGAGACACAGAAGCUGGAGCUGAUGGCUGAGAUCUCUAACUUGAAGUUAAAACUGACGGCCGUAGAGAAGGAUAGGCUGGAUUAUGAAGACAGGUUCAGAGACACAGAGGGGUUAAUACAAGAGAUCAAUGAGUUGAGGCUAAAAGUCAAUGAAAUGGAUGGUGAAAGACUUCAGUAUGAAAAAAAGCUCAAGUCUACCAAAUCUCUAAUGGCCAAACUUUCUAGCAUGAAAAUCAAGGUGGGUCAGAUGCAGUAUGAAAAGCAACGGAUGGAGCAAAAAUGGGAGACACUGAAGGAUGAAUUGGCAUCUUUAAAAGAGCAGUUGGAGGAGAAGGAGUGUGAAGUAAAGAGGCUGCAGGAGAGACUGGUUUGUAAGGCAAAAGGAGAAGGGAUGGAGCCCUUCGAUCGAGAUGAAAACAUUAAAAAGAAGCUCAAAGAGAAAAACAUUGAAGUACAGAAAAUGAAGAAGGCAGUGGAGUCCCUGAUGGCAGCAAAUGAAGAAAAGGAGCGGAAAAUAGAAGACCUCCGGCAGUGCCUGAGCAGGUACAGGAAAAUGCAGGACCCAGCAGUUCUGGCCCAAGGCCAAGAUGGUGAGUGUGAGGGUCUGUUCCACUCCAGCUCCAUCUCCACCCUGCUGGAUGCACAGGGCUUUAGUGAUCUGGAGAGAAGCACUUCUUCUACACCAGGAAUGGGGUCUCCCAGCAGGGACCCGCUCCACACAAGCGCUCCAGAAGAGUUUCACACCACCAUCUUGCAAGCUUCAAUCCCUUCACUUUUGCCACUGUCUAUGGAUGUAGAAACUUGUGAAAAACCCAAGUUGCCUACUAAGCCUGAGACUCCAUUUGAAGAGGGUGAUGGAAGAGCAGUCCUGGACGCUGCCGCUGAAGUCUCCCUGUGUGAUGGUGUUUCAACUUCAAGUCUGCAGAAAUCCAGCAGCCUUGGAAAUCUGAAGAAAGAGACGUCAGAUGGCGUGGAAAAGGAAUCUAUCCAGAAGCCUUCAGAGGAUAAAGCUCCAACUGACAGCCGCACAUUUGGGACCCUGCCUCCCAAGGUCCCAGGACAUGAGGCCUCUGUGGAUGACAACCCCUUUGGCACUCGAAAAGCCAGGUCUUCCUUUGGCCGGGGCUUUUUUAAAAUCAAAAGUGGCAAGAGGACAGCAAGUGCACCAAACCUCGACCGUAAACGAAGUGCCAGUGCACCCACCUUAGCUGAGACAGAAAAAGAGACAGCUGAGCACCUAGAUUUGGCUGGUACAUCUCGGUCAAAAGGUUCACAGGGAACCAGUCCAUUCCCGAUGUCUCCACCAUCUCCAGAUUCCAGAAAGAAAUCCAGAGGCAUCAUGAGACUCUUUGGGAAACUUCGAAGAAGUCAGUCAACUACAUUCAACCCAGAUGACAUGUCUGAGCCUGAAUUCAAAAGAGGAGGAACAAGGGCAACUGCAGGACCCAGGCUUGGUUGGUCUCGAGAUUUAGGACAGUCCAACAGUGACCUGGAUAUGCCAUUUGCCAAAUGGACCAAGGAGCAGGUGUGCAGCUGGCUGGCAGAGCAAGGGUUGGGGUCCUACCUGAGUUCUUGUAAGCACUGGAUUGUGUCUGGCCAGACGCUUCUGCAGGCUUCUCAGCAAGAUCUGGAGAAGGAGCUUGGCAUCAAGCAUUCACUGCAUCGAAAGAAGCUCCAGCUGGCCCUGCAGGCCCUGGGAUCUGAAGAAGAAACCAACUAUGGAAAGCUCGACUUCAACUGGGUCACUAGGUGGCUGGAUGACAUUGGCCUCCCUCAGUACAAGACCCAGUUUGAUGAAGGGCGGGUGGACGGCCGGAUGCUGCACUACAUGACUGUGGAUGACCUACUGUCCCUGAAGGUUGUGAGUGUGCUGCACCAUCUCAGUAUCAAAAGGGCCAUUCAAGUCCUGAGGAUCAAUAACUUUGAGCCAAACUGUCUUCGGAGGCGGCCGUCCGACGAGAACAGCAUCACCCCAUCUGAGGUUCAGCAGUGGACCAAUCAUCGUGUGAUGGAGUGGCUACGUUCUGUGGACUUGGCAGAAUAUGCCCCUAAUCUCAGAGGCAGUGGUGUCCAUGGAGGGCUCAUGGUUCUUGAGCCUCGUUUUAAUGUAGAAACUAUGGCUCAGUUACUUAACAUUCCACCAAAUAAAACCUUGCUGCGCAGACAUUUGGCUACCCAUUUCAACCUUCUGAUUGGUGCUGAGGCCCAGCACCAGAAGCGAGAUGCCAUGGAGUUACCAGAUUAUGUACUGCUAACAGCUACUGCCAAAGUGAAGCCAAAGAAACUGACCUUCGGCAACUUUGGGAAUCUGAGGAAGAAGAAACAUGAAGAUGGAGAGGAGUAUGUUUGUCCAAUGGAGCUAGGCCAGGUGUCGGGUAGCUCCCAGAAGGGGCUUAGACCUGGCUUGGAUGUGCCCCUGUAUGAAGAGGAUGAUUUAGAUCGGUUAGACCAGAUGGAAGAUUCAGAAGGGACGGUGAGACAGAUUGGUGCGUUUUCUGAAGGCAUCAACAAUCUCACGCACAUGUUAAAGGAAGAUGACAUGUUUAAGGAUUUUGCUGCCCGCUCCCCCAGUGCCAGCAUCACAGAUGAAGACUCCAACGUUUGAGCAGAGCACCUGGGGACAUGCCAGGAGCACAGAUGUCAUUUUCCAACUUUGUUUCUCGGACAGUGUAUAGAGCAGGUGACAGGUUGUGCAUUGUUUAUUGUUCAGGCUUCUGCUCACUCAGAAGAACUGUGAUACAGGAAUGGUGCGAAUUCUGAGGAUGCUGAGUGAAAAAAGACACUAGUGAACGGAAGUGUGCUUGCUCUGCCUCUAUUUAAUGUAAAGUUUGUGACAUAUGCUAUUGGAAGUGUUGCAUUUACGGUUGGGUGUUUACCAGAGUGCUUCCCUCACAUCCCCAGGAGGGAGGGUCUGGCCACAUCAGUGUUCACUGCAGGCAGAGCUGAACGUGCUGCUCUCCAGGUCCAAGUGCCAGCAUGCCAGUGCCACCAUGCCAGCAGCACCUCCACUUGCCUCUCACUGUCUUAUUUUUAUAUAUUUUUCUAAAUACAUGUAUAUAUACAGUAUACAGAAAACAGAAACUUUAUUUUGUGACACAAGGAUCAAAAGAUCGUGUUAAAACAAAGAAACCCCAGUGUUCUCAAUGAUCAUAUACCAGCUGAUUCCUGAAGAUACCAGAGUCCCAUUUUUUCUCCACUGAUGAAUUUUAACAGUGUUGACCAUUUGGGCAAAAUUCUAUAUGAUACACUUCUUUGUUUCCCACAAAAUUAAUUUUAGGUGUUACCUCAUCAACUUGAAGCCUUUGGAAGUAUUUAUAUCCUCAUCAGAAAAGUUUUUGUUAGAAUGACUUGGGAAAAACAAACAAACAAAAAAAAAACCAAACAAACAAACAGAACCUUUACAUCUUAAGUUUUUUUUUUUUCUUUGCUAAACUCGUUGCUAAGUUGAACUAAGGAUCGGCCUAGCCAUGUCGACUGUACCUUACACUCAGACUGUCAGCUGAUGGGGCUUUAUAUUAUUUUAAUCAGGAUCCAAAUAUUUUAAAGCUGCAGAACAUUUUCUAAUGGUUAUCCUGUCCAAUAGCAUGUUGCUCAUGCUUUCUGACACAAAAGGCCCAAAGGCUUUUUGUAAAGAAAAUAGAAGCUACAAGCAGCUGUUUUGUGGUGUGUGUGUAUAUGAGUGCUUUUAGCAGUGUUGGAGACAAUCCACUUUCCAUUCAGGGCUACUCAAAAUGAGACCACCUGUGUGCCGGACAGGCGCUUACACACUAGGGGACAGGUGGACAGGUCAGUUUAUGGUGAUAGAUCUGGUGGUAGCCAUUUCCAAAUGUCAGCAGUAUUCCUUUCUUCUGCUCGGCAGGUUAUAAGGCUGUUCAUUGUGAACCUUUGUAACACUGCUGUCUAUUUCUAAUUAAAUACCAGAUGCUAACAGUCAUUUCCUUUGAAUGCUCCCCUUCAUUAUUUCAUGACUAUAUUGGCUUCUUCCUGUAUUGGGGUUUUAGUUUAACAUGAAUAAAUAUCACCAUUUGAAAAAGCUCAAUUUGUCAUUAGAACCUGGUUGAAAAUACCAGCAGACUGUUACAGAUGCCAAAUAUUCUUUAUUAAAGACAACGUAACAACUGAUGAUAUGUGAUAAAGUUAAAAACUUUUGAUUAUAUAUUUUAUUUACAAAAGUAUUAUGCAAAGUUCACAUUACCUUAUGAGAGGAAAUAAAGUCAGUUGAUAA